AUGUCGCACUUGGAUGUCACGGCAAGAGAGGGAUCAUCCAAUGAGCCUGUAUUACCGCAAAUAGGAUCCUCCGUAACGGGGACAUCACCAGCGGGCUCGACAUUGAUAGCUGCGGGUAAACCAAUCCCAAGCACUUUGGGACUUGGCACCGGUGGGCUAUUCGCACUGGCGGACGUGAUCAAAGCAACGGUUAUCUGCAUUUUACUACCCUGCAUCUGGGUCCUCAAGCGCAGAUGGCGGCAAUGGAUUGAGGAGAAGAGCAUCACAAGGACUACUCCAUUCUCCGACACUGUCAGUAUGGACGCCGAAGCAACAGACCCAGGUCUACUGAAGAAGCACUCUAUAUUCAAGUCGUACACCGUAUCCAGCACCGGCUUCACCUACCCGUCCCUCCGCAUCUUCUUCCGGCCGCACCCGCAGCGCGACAAGCUCCCCACAUCGCCCUCACCCAUCCCGCUGCUAGUCUUCAUCCACGGUCUCGGUGGCUCCGUCGCCCAAUUCCACCCUAUUCUGACCAGCCUCGUGAAUGUGGCCGACUGUCUAGCCCUCGACCUUCCAGGCUGCGGCUUAUCCGCAUUCGAGCCCAAGGCAUGGGGCGCCUAUACCACAGACGCCCUGGUGCAACUGCUCGGGACCGUGAUCCAGGACUACCGCGAUGCAGGCUCUGGCCAAGACGUCGUGCUGAUCGGACACAGCAUGGGAUGUUCCCUCGCGACUUUACUAGCUUCAUCAACCUCGCCUCACACAGAGCUGCUGUCGAAGCACGUAGCCGGCCUCAUAGCAAUCUGUCCGAAAGCUACCCCGCCCAGUGCUGAGGACACAGCCAAAUUUAGAAAGCUCCUCUGGAUACCAGGAGUAAUGUUUGAUCUAUGGCGUCGCUGGGACCGUCGCGGUGGGACCAAAAGCGCCAGCGUUGCUCGCUUCACGGGACCUGAUGCGGAGGAAGAGACUAAGAAGCUGCAGGUUAGAUUCAAUGAGCAGAGCCGCACGCCUGUUUGGCGACGUAUGGCUUCGGGAAUUCUGCCUGACUACUCCGACGGCGCUCCGAAGGGUGGAAUGCCGGGCCGUGACGUCUGGGCUGGAUUGAAAGUCCCGGUGUUUCUCAUAGCUGGAGAAGCGGAUCAUGUGACUCCAGCAGAGGAGCUCAAGAGGAUUGCAGAAUUUUUGGGCAAACAUGUAACAGGAACGACGGAUGAUGUCGACAUCGAUGGUGAUAUCGUGCCGGACGCAGCUGCGCCGUUCGACAUUGGCAAGAUCGAAAGCCAUCAUGCGCGCUCAAACGAACACCACGACCACCUCAAGUCCCUCGAGGAAGAAACGACCGCCCUUAACGGCGGACCCUCCCCCUCAACAACACAACAUCCAGACACAGAAGGAUCAGCAACCAUCGCGUCACCCCCAGCAGAACGCCACCUCAUUCUCAAAACAACCAUCCUCCCCUCCCCGGCUGCCCAUGCCCUCCUCUACGCGCCAACAACCUCCCGCACCAUCUCCGGCCUAAUCCAAUCUUUCCUCGCCGAGCACAUCGACAAGCGUCUCUCACUCGGCUGGCAGCUGCAGUACCUAACCACGGAAGGCAAAUGGGACGUCAAGAACCUCGCCAAAUGGCAAGCCGUGGCGCCCGUCUCCGAGCCCAUCGCUGGUGUUUUCAGGGCGAUGAAGACACUCAGGGAAGUCGACGAGCACCACAGCCCAAAGGUGUUUGUGAGGGAGUGGAGAGGCGAGAUCAGGGCCGUCAUAGAUAUCAGUCAUGACAAUCCUGUGUAUGACCACCAUGGGUUGGAGGAGGGAGGUAUCGCGUAUUACAAGUUUCCGACGGUCAGUAAGCUGCCGCCUACACUCGACGAGAUCAAGAGCUUCAUCGCGCUGGUGGAUGGGCUGCGGUCAGAAGCAUCUCCGCCAUCCGCUCAGAGCGCUGAAGACGGCACGAAUGAAAGCAAUGUCCCAAGUGCGGACGGAGGCCGGAAAAGCAGCGGCUUGAUAGGCGUGCAUUGCCACUACGGUUUCAACAGGACGGGUUUCUUCAUUGUUUGUUACAUGGUUGAGAGGUUGGGUUAUCGACUCCAAGAUGCGCUGGAUGAGUUUGAAAGGAGGAGGCCGCCGGGCAUUAGACACGGGCAUUUUGUUGAUACCCUUUUUGUUAGAUACUGCGUCGGGCUGAAGAGGGCGCCGACGUUGUGA